AAUACUUCACAUGCCAGAGUGUUUUCUCUUAAUCUAUUGCAUGUUGUUCUCACUGCAGGCCCACUAGUAGUCAAUUUGCAACAGUUAAAGUGUGGCAUGGUGGGAAAUUUGUGUGUGAACCGAGGGUAGAUUAUAUAAAUGGGGUUUGUCUUACUCUACCAAACUGGGAUAUGGAUGAGAUUAAUUCAAUUGAUGUAGGCAAGGUUGUCAGAGGCUUAGGAUAUUUGAACUUUAAUGUGUGGUACAAAGACCCUGGCCUUGGGUUUGAGAUAGGCUGCAAGCCUUUCAAAGAUGAUAGAGAUGUAUGUGCCUUUCUGAAUGAUGUGAGUGGCUAUGAUGUUGUCAACUUCUAUGUUGAGCAUAUAGUAGAGGAAGAGCCUGAGUUUGUUGAACCUCCACCAUUUCUUGAAUUUACACAGCCUACUGUUGAGGGGGAGAAAGAUAGUGAAGUCUUGUGUGAAGGGCAGCCUACUGUUGAGGGACAUGCUACUGGCAUAGACAUUGAUGUUGACAUAAUACAAGUGGGACAGUGUAGUGUUGAGAGGGAGAAACAGGGUGAUACAAGUGUUGUUGGUGGGGAGAGUGAUAAGGAGGGUGAAGCAUUUAAUGCAGGACAGGGCAGUGGGGAGGGUAAUAAAGAUGGUGAUGCAGUUAUUGUUGAGGAAGAGGAGGUAGUUGCUGGAGACAAGGAAGGGGAGAAAAAGAAGAGUAAAAAGAAGGAAAAGAAGAAGGGUAAAAAGAAGGACAAGAAUAAGAGUAAAAAGAAGGACAACAAUAAGGGUAAAAAGAAGGAAAAGAAGAAGGGUAAAAAGAAGGAGGGUAAAAAGAAGGACAAAAAGACAGAGCAGGAGGGGGGUGUUGAGAGUUUAGUGAGUGAGAGUCAAAGUGAAUCUGAAUCUGAGAGUGCAGUGAGUGAUGUGAGUCUAGAUGACAGUGAUUUUGAUGAGAGGUGGGACUGGAGGACAGUUUUAGAGGUUGAAGGAGAUGAGAGGCAUCCAGAUAGUACCUCAGAGGAAGAUGAUGAUGCAUUUGUCAAUGAAGUAGAUUUUGACAAUGAAGAUGGUUCAUCUGAUGAGUUGGAAUCUCCACCAGACACAGAUGAUGAGCAUUACCAACCACAGAAGAAGUACCCAAGAUUCAAGUUGGGUCCAGAAGGCACAGAAGUAAAAUUUGAAGUUGGUCAGAAAUUUGAAGCAUCUCAAGUAUUUAAGACAGCCAUCAGAGAAUAUGCUCUUCAGAGGAGGAAGAAUUUGAUAAUUGAGAAGAGUGAUAGUAAGAGAGUGGUUGUCAAGUGUGAGGGAGAGUGCACAUUCUACUGCAGGUUGUCCAAGUAUAAGCAGAAUAACUUCUGGCAGAUUGUGAGUCUUGUAGAUGAACACACAUGCUAUAGGACAGCAAAGAAUAGACAUGCCAGGCCACAAAUCCUUGCUAAGAAGCUGCUUCCAACUAUAAGACAUAAUCCUGGAUUGAAAUGCAAGUCAGUGAUAGCUGAGGGGCAGAUAAGGUGGGGUGUUGUCCUUAAUAGGUUUCAAGCAUCCAGAGUUAAGGCAGCUGCAAAGAAGAUGAUUGAUGGGGCAGAAAAGGACCAAUACACUAAUCUCAGGAGCUAUGCUGAUGAGCUUCUUAGAAGCAAUCCACAAAGCACAGUCAUCAUCAAGAGCUCUCUUGGAGCAAAUGGUCCUGUUUUUGAAAGGAUGUAUGUUUGUUUUGCUGCUUGCAGGCUGGCAUUUGCACAUCAUUGUAGGCCACUGAUUGGACUGGAUGGCUGUUUUCUGAAAGGUGUGUAUGGAGGGCAGCUCCUUUCAGCUGUUGGAAAGGAUGGGAACAACCAGAUGUUCCCCAUUGCAUUUGCCAUUGUUGAAGCUGAGACCAGAGACUCCUGGGAGUGGUUUGUAGCUUUAUUGCUUGAAGACCUGAACUUGGUAAAGCAACAGAGAUGGGCAUUUAUUUCAGAUCAACAGAAGGGUCUAGUUCCCACUUUACAGUCAUUAGCAGGUGAUGUGGAGCAUAGGGUUUGUGUGAAACAUGUGUAUGGUAAUUGGAGGAAGAAAUACCCAGGAAUGGAAAUGAAAGGUGCUUUGUGGGCUGCUGCAAGAUCAUGCACUGUUCCACAAUUUGAUAGGGCUAUGGAGAAGCUGAAGGAGAUGAAUGAACAAGCAUGGAUGGACCUCUGUCAGAUACCUGCCAAGCAAUGGUCAAGGGCCCAUUUCAGCACUAAUUCUCUGUGUGACCUACAAGUGAACAAUAUGUGUGAGGCUUUCAACAUGGCCAUUCUAGAACAUAGAGACAAGCCAAUCAUUUCACUGGUUGAAGGAUUGAAGCGCUAUAUCACCUCUAGGAUUGUGAAGCAAAGACAAUUUAAUGAUGAAAUAUAG